AAAAACACAACUCUGCCAAUUUGAGGAAUUGGAUUCGUACUUUUGCAAAAGAUUAGGGAUUUAGGGUAUAAGCAAGAUUUUUACACAGAGAUGGGAGGCAAAGGACAGAAGAGAAGGGAGAAGAACUACAGAGAAUCACAUGGAGGAAGUGCCAGGCUCCCUCCGCCACCCGACCCAUCCUCCGUCGAUGCUCUCCCUUCAAAGCUCCUCAAACUCAUGGCCCUGACCGAAGCUGCAAAGAAACCACCAAAAAGCAGUGCAAAAGGAAAUGACGGUGUUAGAGAGAUGCUUCAUGUGGAGGAGAAAAGCGCUAGUAAAAUGUCUGGGGUCAAAAGAAAAACCAGUGAUGAGAAGCCAGUAGAAAGUAGCGUUCCUGAAAAGAAAAGUAAGAAGAAAAGGAAAAAAGCAAAUGAUCUUCGAUUUGAAUCAACUGAAGAAUUUGGCGGAACUAGUUCGAAAAGAAAGGAGCGCAGGAAGCAGCGUUUGAAGGACAAGAAAAAGAAGGGUAAGAAAGCCAGUACACAAGAAGCUUUUGACUAUCCUAAGCAUGAGCAAAUAAAAUUUGGGGAAGUUGUUGAUGCUCCACCAAAGCUGGGUGCUCUUCCAAAGGCACGGAAGAUGACAUUGGAAGUUUCACAAGAGAGACUUCGCCUAAAAGCAGUUGAUGCCUACAGGAAUAGAAAAGGAUGGGCCUCAAGGCCAGGCAUUCAUCUCACUCCACCCAUAACUGCAUUGCCAUCGUUGUAGCCGAUUGACUAUGUACCGUGUUUUAAAAAUCAAUCUCUCUUUUACGCGUGGUUUUGCCACUCAUGUUUUUGGCUUCUCAUUUUUAUUGCUCAGUUUUUUAUCCACUCAUUAACAUAAAGUAAGACAGAAGUUGUUAUUCCAUUUUGCUAAAUGACUUCGUCGGUGAUAGUGUUGGACCCG